AUGGAGAUUGUUGGUUCAGUCUCUGCCAUUCUCGCUGUAGCAGAGGCGUUCGAUCACCUAUUCAAAAGGCUUCACCGCUGCUAUCGCCGUCUGAAUUACGCCAGAGAGGAUGUCAGGGAAAUCCGCGACGAGGUUGGACAAUUCGGCAGGCUGCUGUGUACGUUUCACAGCACUGUCACCGACGAGCGUUUGCAAGACGAAGGUCUAGCAAGGAAAAUCAAUAACUCAGACAUAACGCAACACAUUGUUCAAUCAGGGAGGAAAGCUUUGCACAGAAUUGAUGGCAUUCUGAUUGGACUCGAUCCACUGAGAACAGACAGGGUGUACCCAACUCUCCAGCAAUGGUACGCUCGCUGGAAAUGGUCUAAGCGCAAGGAGGAAUGGUCACCUAUUCACAUCUUGCUCAUCUCCAUCAAGAGCAGCGCCAAUCUGCUCGUGUCGAUUGUGAUUUGCCAUGACCUUCUUCACAAGCUCGACCAGCUGCGUGCCGAAAACAAACCCAUCCCGCAUGAGCUGAUUCAAAAAUUCUCCUUGUACGCAAGCGAAGCCAAGACGAUGAUGUCGAGGUGUAAAAAGACCGAAAGACGAAUGCGUGCUCAGCAGGCAGACGUGCUGCGGAUGGCUCAAGAAGUCCGUGCGUUGUCGUAUGCUCUGGCUCGAUCUCAUCUUGUGUCGCACCCUGAACUCGAAGCUACCCUCGGUCGCAAGGGGCUUGCAUCUUUUGUCUCCAGCAACUCGACGGCAUCGACGAAUUCUGUCCCAGGGGUCCUCGAUCGGGACCUUCUUCAGGUCAUCCGCCGGUUCAUGAAAUACCUUCAGAUGGUACAGAUCAUCCACCUGAUCCUGUAA